UUCAGUAUACAUAAUGAAUGGUUGUUAACAUUUCUACUGUCUAGACGUAAAGAAAUGGCUGUGAACAACAUUGUGUCUGCAAAUGAGCUUGUUCAGAAAAUAGCCCUAGGACAACACGUUCCAAAGGGAGCUUCACAAUCUGUUGUACCACCACGGUACCAACUCAUGAGGGAAAAGGCACCAGAGGGUCUCCCAGAGCUGAAUAAGAGUCAAAUAAAUGCAGUGGAGAAAGCUCUGAAUAACAACUUCACAAUCAUACAAGGGCCACCUGGGACUGGAAAGACUGUUUUAGGAGUUUACAUUGUGUACUGGUUCCUUGUGAUGAACUCCAAAAACCCCAGGAUAUUUGAAAAUCCGAAGGACAAGGACAAGAAAGAAGUUAUUCUCUGCUGUGGUCCUUCCAAUAAGUCUGUCGAUGUGGUUGCUGAGUGCCUGGUGAAGUUUGGAGACAAGUUGAAGCCCCUCAGGGUGUACAGCCGACAACUGGAGAUGGCGGAGUACCCUUACCCAGGGAGUGUCCUUCAGCUCUCUCCCAGGUCACUUCGCCAUGAGCGGUCCAAGGCAGAACUCCGAAAUAUUACCUUGCAUCAUCGCAUACGGGAAGAACAAAAUCCACAUUCCACGGAAAUAAAAGAGUUUGACCACAGAAUAAAGUUAGCAAUAGAAUCAAAGGGAGAGGAGUUGACAGCAGAAGAAGUUGAGGACUACAAAAGUCUUCUGAAUAAAGCUCGUGUGCAUGAGCUGCAGAGGCACGAUGUCAUUCUGUGCACCUGUACAGCAGCCUCUUCUCCUAACCUCACUAAAACAGUCAGUGCACGCCAGAUUCUUAUUGAUGAAUGUGCCAUGGCAACAGAACCUCAGGCCCUCAUCCCAUUGGUCAGCAACAAACCAGAAAAGAUUGUGUUGCUCGGUGACCACAAACAGCUACGUCCCAUCGUUAAGAAUGAACUUCUGAGGAAGUUGGGGAUGUCAAAGUCUCUAUUUGAGCGUUACUUUGAGUGCCAGUCCCAGACAGUGAUGCUGGAUACCCAGUACAGAAUGCAUGAAGAUAUAUGCAAGUUCCCAUCGGAGGAAUAUUAUGGAGGAAAACUGAAGACUGAAGUGAAUCACUCAAGCAGUGUCCUUCAGGCUGACAGCCAACAGAAGCACAUUGUUUUCGGGAACGUCAUUGGAGAGGAGGUCAGCCUGGUUGUGAGCACAGAAAAGGGAACUGAAAACUCCAAAGCGAAUAGGGCGGAGAGAGAUGUAGUGAUCCGGCUCGCCAAAGCACUGGUAACAGAAUCCCAAAUAAAACAACAGAAUAUUGCAAUUCUAUCACCCUACAACGCCCAGGUGUCUGAAUUUAAGAAAGAACUUCAUGAACACAAAAUGGACAAAAUCACUGUCACCACCAUCACAAAAAGUCAAGGAUGUGAAUGGCGCUACGUCAUUCUCUCCACUGUGCGCUCAUUACUCAGCAAGGAGAUCGAGAUCGAGCCGGACAGGGCCUGGAGGUCUAAACAUGUGGGCUUUGUUGGCGACCCCAACCAGAUCAACGUGGGCAUCACCAGGGCCAAAGAGGGACUGUGCAUUAUCGGUAACCAAGAGUUGUUGAGCCGCAGUGGCGCUUGGGGACAGCUCCUCAAACAUUAUAGAGCAAGGAACUUUGUCACAGAAGCUGACAAGAUCUCUGUGCGCAAAGCAUCCUGUUAGCACGGUCUACAUUGAAAGACAUGGUCUCGGCCGUGGAUCAGUGCACUAUGAAUAGCAAAAUUAAAAUUCGUUUUCAGAGACAAAUGUAUUAUGUGCUUUUAAUUUCUAUAUUGCAAUGUUGAAUCAAAUGAUUAUAAUCUGCACUCACUGUCAUUUUUAAGUGACCUUUAAAUUAUCUGUCAAUUGUAUUAGUGUGUAUAUUUUUUAUUGCUAACUAUACUGUUUGUUAAUAUAUACACUGUAUACAUACAGUUGAAGUCAGAAGUUUACAUACACCUUAGCCAAAUACAUUUAAAAACUCAGCUUUUCAC